AGAGAAGUUAACCGGCAGGUUUGGACCUGGUCUCUGCUGCUCCCAAGCGGUCCUUUUGGGUACUGCCUGAGAGAGAGGUAGGAGAGGAGGACCAUCAUCAGUGGGAGGAUCAGAUUGGGGGAGACAACCAAUGCAGGAGACUGAGUGAAAAGGGGAGCACUAAGACCCAGGGGUAGUGGAGGACUGCAGCAACGAGCUGGAGGAGGAGUAGCAGUAGGCAUUGGGGGUGGGGGAAGCCAUCUGAUACCUUGGUCCCCUACGAAACAGCAUCAGCUCUAAGGACGGAAAUGGCCAGUCAGUCCCAGGGUAUCCAGCAGCUCCUGCAAGCUGAGAAGCGGGCUGCUGAGAAGGUAGCAGAUGCCAGAAAGAGAAAGGCUCGGAGGCUGAAGCAGGCAAAGGAAGAGGCACAGAUGGAAGUGGAGCAGUACCGCAGAGAGCGAGAGCAGGAAUUCCAGAGCAAGCAGCAGGCGGCCAUGGGCUCCCAGGGGAACCUGUCAGCUGAAGUGGAGCAGGCCACAAGGCGCCAGGUACAGGGCAUGCAGAGCUCCCAGCAGAGAAACCGGGAGCGUGUCCUGGCUCAGCUUCUUGGCAUGGUCUGCGAUGUCAGGCCCCAGGUCCACCCCAACUACCGGAUCACUGCCUAGGAUCCACCAUGGGGUCUGAUUCCUCCAGCCAGUUCUCCUCCUCAAAGAAAUCUCCCAAGUCAAAUCACCUUCCCUUGCCUAGCAUGCAUAAGCCUUGGGUUCAAUUCCUAGUGCCACCAAAAGAAAAAAAAAAUCACCUCUCCAUUCUUUGGAAAAUCUGGGAACCAGAAUCCAAUAUUCUCCUGUGAAACUUAUAAAUAUUCUGCUCAAACCUGAUUUUAUUUAUUUUUUCAAUUUAUGUUUUUUAAUCCUCACUGGAUCCUUGUAAGUAAGUCAUUCCUUUCCUUCAUGUGAAGUGUGGAACAUGGAGAAGUAGGGACAUGGAAAGCCCCGUAACUUCAGAAAAUGGCAGAUUUGAGUUCCUUUCUCAACCCUGCCACUUGUUGACCAUGCAAUUAGGACAGGCUACUUAAUCUGGAAUCCUCAAUGUUCUCCUCUGUAAAAACUGAAAUAAUAAUGCCUACCUUGUGAGAUUGCUUCAACAAUUAGGAAUCAUUCUGUUAUCAAAACCUAAAUACUGCUGUUUCCUGACUUCUGCCAGUGACUCUUUAAUUUUACUCAUUUUAUUCUGUGUCCCUAAUAAUUCUCUGAAGAAUUGUUCUUCUUACCUUUGCUUUCCCCAGAGACCUUAUGGUCUCUGAAAAGAGUAAAUGAACUGGGCCCAGUGGCAUAUGCUUGUAAUCCUAGCUACUUGGGAAGCUGAAGCAAGAGGAUUGUGAGUUCUGGGCCAACCUUGGCAACUUAGUGAGACCUGUCUCAAAAAAAAAAAAAAAAAUUAAAAGGCUGGGGAUGUAGCCUGGCAGCAUAGAGACACUAAGUUCAAUCCCCAGUAUGCCCCCCCACCGCAAAAAAUACUUAAUUUAGCCCCUCUAUUAUGUUCCAGGUAGCUAUGGCAUCUCUCAGCUUCUCUUUUUGUAUCACUUAAGAUGGCCUUUCUCUUUAUUGGAUUCCCCUCUCUUUCUGUUUCCUCAAAGACUACCAGAUGCUCACUGCUUCCUGAGAUCUAAAGUGAUAUGUAUCCCUCAUAUGCAUGACUUUCCUUUGUGUAUCCUUAACACCUUGCUCUCCCUUUGUAACAAUAAGAAAGUGUCAAUAAAAUAACUAAGAGCAAAUCA